CCAGUGAUUUGUCAGUGCUUUGAUGGAAAGGGUUUCAGGAAGCCUGGCAGCCAGACACGGCAACAUAGUGAAGGUCUGAUCGGGCUCCAGCGAGCCAAAAGGAAUCGGGUUAAACUAAAAGUCGCUCCAGAACCAUUUUUCCUCAGAGGGAAUAAAGAGAAGCCGUCCGCAGCUGACAUGAGGCUGGGCAGCGGCGGGCUCCGGGCCCGCAGGGCCGCCGAGCCGUCCGAACCAGAAUCCGAGGAAACGACGGAGCCGGCCCAUCACGAGCACGCUCAUCCAGAACACCAUCACGAGCACACGCAUCCAGAACACCACCCGGGUCACGACUACAACCACAUGAAGGAGAAGUUCAUGAAUGAGCUGCAUCAUCUGCCACUGCCCAUGUGGGCGGUGGGAGCCAUUGUUGUGCUGGUCCUGGUCUUAGUCGCCUGCUUCAUCUUCUGUGUUUUCAAAAAAUGCUUUGGCAAGAAGAAAAAGCCGAAGAAAGCGAGGGAGAGGAAGGCAGCGGGUCGCCGCAGAAAGGAGAAGGAAGGCGACGGGGAGGCAGGAGAUAAGGACGGAGAGGCGAAAAAGGACGGGGAAGAGGAGGAGAAAGAACAGGAGAAGUUGGGGAAGCUGGAAUUCUCCUUGGACUACAACUUCACAGAUUCUCAGCUCAUCGUGGGCAUCCUUCAGGCUCAGGACCUUGCUGCCAUGGACAUGGGGGGAACGUCGGACCCUUACGUCAAAGUGUUCCUGCUGCCCGACAAGAAGAAGAAGUUUGAGACCAAAGUUCAGCGUAAAAACCUGAGUCCCGUUUUCAACGAGACUUUUAUCUUUAAGAUUCCCUAUGCGGAGUUGGGUGGAAAAAUCUUGAUUCUGCAGGUUUUCGACUUUGAUCGUUUUUCCAAACACGACAUGAUCGGCGAAAUUAAGAUCCCCAUGAGCAGCGUCGAUCUGGGCCAGCCAAUGCAGCAAUGGAGGGACCUGGAAAGUGGAGAGAAGGAAGAGGAAAAAUUGGGAGAUAUUUGCAUUUCUUUGCGCUACGUUCCCACUGCUGGAAAGCUGACGGUGAACAUCAUGGAGGCGAAAAACCUCAAGAAAAUGGAUGUUGGUGGCUUAUCGGACCCCUUCGUAAAGAUCGUUCUGCAGCAGAACGGGAAGCGGAUUAAGAAGAAGAAGACAACAGUGAAGAAAAACACGCUCAAUCCCUACUUUAAUGAAAGCUUCAGCUUUGAAGUCCCCUUUGAGCAAAUACAGAAAGUGCAGGUUGUGAUUACAGUGUAUGACUAUGACAAACUGGGCAGCAAUGACCCCAUCGGGAAGACCUUUAUGGGCUACGGAGCCACAGGUGUCGGCCUGCGCCACUGGUCCGACAUGCUGGCCAAUCCCCGGCGUCCAGUAGCCCAGUGGCACACCCUCAUGCCUGAGGAGGAGGUGGACGCAGCACUCAAAGCUAAACCUCGUUAAGAACCGGACCCGGAUCCAGCAAUAAAUGCCGCUAAGAGGGUUUUUUUUUUUGGGUGGUUUUAAGCUUGUUGUCUCCUCCAUAUUUUCUGUUUCACCGCCAUUUGAACGAGGACCCGUCUCCUCCAGGUAGAAUUCGAUUGGACGAGACUUUUUCCUUUUAGAGAGACAUUUGGACCCAAGUCGUUACAGAACCUCUUAAUCUAGCGAUCAGAGUUAAUUUCUUGUUUAUUUGUCACUAGUCUGUACUUUGUAUUUCUAUGUGCCUGUGUUCAAUACAGACAACUUUGGCUCUGCUUUCCCUGUUUCCUUCACACUUUAUAAACCAGCAAAACUCAUUAUAAAUAUGCAGGUUCUUUAAAUUUCCUCAUACACAGAAGAAUCAUUUAUAAAAUUACCAUGUUUAUUGACUUGUAUUUAAUGUAAAGUCCUGUUGGUAUUUUUUGGCUCAUUUUGUUGUGCGUUUGUGUGAAAGAUACCUUUAAAAUAAAACAAAAGCAAUUUUU